AGUGGGUGGAGAGAGUGUUUAAAUAUCAGGCCUCCUUGUCCUCUGGUCAUAGACACCUGGCAAGGAUAGAUUCAACAUGGCCGGCCUGCGAACUCUGCUCCUCGUAACUCUCGUUCUUCUCGCUGUGGUCGUUCAGACGCCUGAUGCAGCUCCCUACGGUACCAACGUGGAAGACAGCAUCUGCUGCCAGGACUACUUGCGUCACCCCCUGCCAGCACGCGUAGUGAAGGAGUACUUCUGGACCUCCAAGUCCUGCCGCAAGCCUGGCAUUGUUUUGAUAACCAUGAAGAACCGGGACAUCUGUGCGGACCCCAGGAUGCCCUGGGUGAAGAGACUUCUCCAGAAGCUGGCCUAGUGAGGAGGGCCUGAUGACCAUGGGCGUGGCCACUCCCGCUGCCAUUUCUGCAAGAAAGCUGCCAACAAUACUGCCCUCAGUGUCCUGGACUGUCACCCUGUCAGGCCUCUGGUCCCUCCACCUCCCCGCAGUCCCUCUAACCCAUCCUCUUCCAACAUGGCAGCUGAGGGAGCAUGUUCAGGCCAGCCCUUUCCCAGCAUCCCCUCCUCAUGAGGCCACACCCUUGCUUUAGUGCCCUGAUUGCCUUACCUCUUCCCUGCUUAGGAAAGACCCAAAUGCUUCGGGUCUGUGCUGCUCAGGUUCACUGCCUGGAAGGUUGCUGAUACUCAGAACGCUAUUCCUCCCCUUGCACUCGUCCAGCGCCAAUGGCCUCCGAGGCUUCAAUUAGUCCCGGUGGGCACCCGCCAAGCACCGUUCUUCAGACUUCUGUGGUCUCUACCUUCUCUCCGUAGAACUCUCAGGGUUUCAGGCUGGUCCACCAGGCCCGGGGGUUAGGCCGAGGUUCCCACCAAAGCUCCUCCUGUCUCUUGAUCAGGCAGGGAACACAGGAGCAUGGGACAGGGAGCCCGGGGCACAGGACAGGGUGCACACAGGAAGGCUCAGAAUCAGAAUUCUGAAAGGAGCUGCAGACUCCAUCAGUAAAAGUCAUAUUUCCCCAUCCCUGGGUACAGGGCAAUCUCCUGUCACCACAGAGACGAGGACUGUUAGAAGGCGGCUGUGUAAGUCAACCGUGAAACUCUAACUUUACCGAGAAUCACCUUCCAUACCCUCUUUAACCAUUUCUUCCUCACCCUGCUUCUCCUGACUGCUUGACUGAAUCGCUGGUCCUCAAAUUCAUGCUAUGGUGUUAGUGACUACCAUGGCUUGGUAUUAUAAGCUCUAGUUAUAAAUA